UGUGACCAGACUACGAUUGAAGCGACUCCAAAACGUGAUUCUCCACGCGUGCGUCUUUGUGACAUGGUCGUGCCAUCUAACGAGCGCAGCGGAUACCGUGUGCAACUAGAAACACGUGCGAUUUUUGAAAUUAUGGUCGGGACAGAAAGCCAAGGUAAAUAAGAAGAAGAAAAAGAAGAGAGUCGCACGUGUAUCGAUGUGAGAUGUCGUGCAAUGUCAUAUGAAAGGAUGCACAUCGUGAUCGACGAUGAGGAGUUCUCGCCGAGGCACUUCGCUAUGUGCGACUUUUACGGCGUGGAGACAUGUUUCUGUUGGGACGCUGACAAACUCGCAAUAUUUCCUUGGUCGAUGGCCAGUGAUGCGACACCACGGGUUCUGUCGACACCGGCCCCUGUCAGGAAGGUGCAAUUCUUCCACAGUCGAGCCUUCUUGAUCUGCGCGCCACAGGGCGCCUACAAAUUGUCGCGGUCCGGCGAGUUUGCUUUGCUGAGCAAGAAUGCUCUGGGCAUGGGCGGCGAGUUCUUUCAGGUACUCAUCGCCAAGAACAACGGUGUCUAUCUUGACGACAAGCAGGUCAAGUCAUCCACACUGCUGUUCCCUCUUACGUUAAACACGAGCGAGGCAGUGUGCACUUUUCCUCUGAAUUCGUCGAGCACCGAGCCACAGUUUCUCAGUCAAUUCACUACUGGUUGGGAAACCGAGGAGAAUCUGUGCGUCGUCGCGCAUCACAAGAAGCUGUACACUCUGAGGAGUGAUACCGUAAAAGAUACCCAAACCUGCAUACAAUUAGUUUACAUCAGUGACAGUGUAAUCGUAGAUAUCCUACCUGUAAAGAAACGAGACAAGGUGGCAGGUCUGCUGCUCCUUACAGAACAUGCAAACGUGGUAAUUUUGGUACAUGACAGAGGUGAUAAAUUUGAAACGAGAUAUGGAUUGGUUUUCGAAAAGAUAUACUUUGGGGAAAAAGUGAGAAACAAAUUGGCGCUUUGUGCCAGUUUUAGUCUAUGCAUGGAGAACAUUGUGUGGUUGGUGUACUGUGAUCAAUCCAGGACAUAUUACGUAAAAAAGGAGCUCUUUGUCGAUGCGAUUCAAGAAGUAAGAGUGGAAGAAAGGUCGUUUACGUGUAUGCAGUAUUAUAAACCAAAUGUGAUUCUAAGCUUAUCGCAAAGGAAAGAAUUGAUCAAGCUCUCUCUCCAAGACUUGGAAGACUCUUUUUCAAUCGAUAACAACAUCAUUCUUUAUCCCGAAAUGUUUCAAAAAACGGACAAUGUUAUGGAGAAAGUUUGUGCAAAAGUAGAAAAACUGAAUGCGCUGUACCAGAUUUUGUCAGACGAACAGGACAAAUUAAAGAGAAUAAAUCGAUAUGCUAUUAAACAAAAACUGCAGAUAAAUCCUUACAUCGAAGUGUCCAGGUUGUUCAAAUAUCGCUAUCUUGAUUUAAGUAUCCCAGACAAAUUACCUAGAAAUAGCUACGUCGUGUUCUCUUUUGUUUCUAAAAAUCAAUGUACAUUCUGCAUGAAGAGAGUUACGGAGGGUCAUACAUUCGCGAUGAAAAUGCCCAUCAAUGAGGAUCGGAUACAACGUUCCUCGUCUAUUAGUUUGGACUUGAUCACAUUGAUGAACAAACAACGUCCAUGGUGCCUUAUACAGAAUUUCAUAAACUCUUCGCCGCAUGAUCUUAAAAGAAAAAGAGGUCCGAGGAAAGAAAAAACUGCUUUCAUAGACGCUAAAAUAGUAUCAUUGCGACGCUUGAUAGCACAAAAAGAAUUAAAUAUGACAAAAUUGUGCGAGAUCAAAAGGAGCGUACGCGCAAAAUUAUAAUUUUACAAAUAAUACUUAAUGAACUACGUACAAGUUUAAGUUUAAUGUAAAUUUUUAAGAUUUUUUUGUUGUACGUAAAGAGACUAUCUAGUAAAAGAUUUUAUAUUACAACA